AUGGGGGAGAGGGUUAGCAUCAGGUUCUACGGACGGGAAAUCCGCGCGUCGGCCAUUUUGAACGGUGACGUAGAGCCGCCGCCCGAAUGCUACGAUCUCUACCACAUCCUGGACGAAUACACCGACGCCUACACCGCCGACUGGACCAGCAAGAACAUGCGUCCCAAGUCAUCUGGUCCUCCAUCCAGACCUUCAGGUCCACCUCAGCAAAGACCGUCAUCCGGAUACCAACAACAACAACCAGGCGGAUACCAACAACCAGGCGGAUACCAACAACAACAACCAGGCGGAUACCAACAACAACCAGCCGGAUACCAACAACUACAACAACCGGCCAGAUACCAACAACAACCAUCAGCCGGAUACCAACAACAACAACAACAACAACCAGCCGGAUACCAACAACAACAACAACCGGCCAGAUACCAACAACAACCACCAGCCGGAUACCAGCAACAACAACAACAACCAGCCGCAUACCAACAACAACAACCAGCCGCAUACCAACAACAACAAUCAGCCGGAUACCAACAACAACAACAACCAGCCGGAUACCAACAACAAUCAGCUGCAUACCAGCCGCCUCCAGCCACCACGGAUAAAAACGCCCUGUACCCGAGCAUCCCGGAGACUUCAGGCCAGUUUGCCUCCAGAAACCCAACAAACAACGGAGGGGGAGGAGCUAGUGGAGAGCUCGUUGUCACGGCGACGCACCCGUUCACAGGGCAACAGCCCGGCGACCUGAGCUUCGUCCCCGGCGACAGCAUCACCGUGGUUACCAAGACCGAGUCGCAGUACGAUUGGUGGGAGGGUCGUCAUAGCGACGGGCGCGUAGGCAUCUUUCCUGCCAACUUCGUGGCGUUCUGAGUCUACGGCGAGCCGGAGGGACACACUUCAGAGCGGUUAGAUUAAAGAUUAGAGAAGAAAUAACAAGACAUCUGCAAAUAUUUAAAUAUAAACACAGAACAUGUUGGUUUUCAGGUAAAUGUAUUCAAAUAAUUAUAAUAAAUGUAAUAUUGACUGAAACUAUCCUGGGAUGGUGAGAGUCAUAUAGUGCAUAUAUAAAAUCAUCAUUUUAUUUUAAUAACAUUUAUUUCAGGAUUAACACGUUUUAAUCAAAUUUAAAGAAAAUGUCGUCAUAUUUUUUUCAAUUCCUUAAAAGUUAAGAAAAUGAAGAAAUAUUUAUAAUUUUCUGAUUCAACCGGAAAAACUCUUGUCCUUUCAAAAUAAAACAAAAGAAAGAAACUAAUUUGAUAUUUUAGAAAAACAAUACACUUUUUAUAUUUCACUAAAAUACUUUAAAUAAAAGCACAUCUUCACUUUGAAUUGACUUACAUUUGAACACCACCCUAAACUUUAUUCAUAAUGAUUACAGGUUGACUUCCUGUUCUUGCCCUUCAAAAUAAAACCAAGAAGACAAUAGGAAACCUGUUUGAGGACAAACUAAAGAACUGAAAACACUAAACACUUUAAAGAAAAGCACACUUUGAAUUGACUUCAGGGAUCUAAAGUCACAUGAUCUUGUAUUUCUGGGUGAAUAUUUGUUAACUUGUACGAUAGCAGUGUUCGGGUUCUGUUACAGCCGGAGGGAUGUGGAAUACUUUAGACAUUUUUAUCUGUUUACAGUUUAUUUAAAACUACGAUAAAAGUGUAGUUUGAUUAAAAUGAUGAUCACUUGUUGGAGUUUGGAUCGAAUGCCUUAAUAAUUCUACAUUUACAUAGAAAGAAGAGAGACGGUGCUGCUUGUUUAUUUUGCCAAAGAAAAACUGAAAUAAAAUAUAAAGA